CGGUGAGAGUGUCGGACGUUAGCGAGUAUCGUCCUGCGUUUCGCGCUUUUUUUUGUUCAAAGUGAGUUCCGCGUGCAAUAAAUACCUGUAUUAUCGAAAUUAGACCGCGAGUGAUCGUCGUGGAGUAUUAUUUGGUGCGCACGAUCGCGAUUAUGUGAGUUUUUCGGCGUUUGAAAAGCCAAUCGUUUUUGCUCCGUCAUGUCGGACAUUGUAUGUUUCGUUAGCAUCGGUAUGAAAUUGUCUACGUCUUUCAAACUUUUUAAUCGCGCGAAGUUAAUAGUGGCGACGAGCAAUUGUCGCGGAAAGUAAGUGAGUUACUUUAUAUAGUCGCGGUCCGCGAAUUUAACCUUACUUUUCGGUAUUCGUAAAGUGAAUGUGUGUUAAUCGCGAUUCGUGUCGUUCGAAAUCGCGUUAUCAUUGACUCCGUCUGUCAAAGUAUCGAAUUGUCGGUUGACGCAAUAAAGCAAAAGACGAUAAAUUAACUCUUUGAAUAAUAUUUAUGUUCAGUAUUUUUUAAUCCGGAAUGCUAUUCUGUCGAAUAUAUAUUGAAAGUGCGCGUUCGGGAGUGUCUAAUUUUAUCGCAUCGUAAAUAAUAAUAAAUACAAUGUAAAUUUAGUGUUGGGAAUAAUAACAAGUGAUGGAUUAUAUCGCUGAAAAGUUGAUAGAUUUCUACCAAAUGGUUUCACCAGAUUUCUCAGCUGCAGUGUUGACCAGAUUCUUCAGCUGCGAUGCUGUCCAGACUCUUCGGCUGUGCUCUACAACGGGGAUGGCAACGUAACGUAGCGGCGGAUUACUAGCCGGCACGAGAUGAACACGAACGGCAACGCGGUCGGACAGGAAAGUGGUGCCGGUACCGAUUACGGCGGCAACGAGGAGACGGCGGCCCUGCUAGGCAGGUCGCCGCCACCGCCGGUCGUGGUGGCCGCGGCGUCUCAGGGCAAGCCGGUGCUCACGCGACAGGAUCGGGCGACCUUCCUGGUCGCCUCGCCGCAACUGUCCGUGUCCGGGCUCGGCGGCUCCGAGGAGAGCGGCACCAACGAGGAUCCGGCGACCCGAUCGGUACCGGACAUCGAGCUUCACUGCCGGCUGGACGGCGAGCCGCAGUUCCAGCAGCAACAGCAGCCGCAGCUCCAGCAGCCGCAGGUGCAGCAGCUGCAAGCGCAGCCGGUGUCCUAUCGCUCGUCUAGGCAGUCGCAUCAGUACAGAUGCAGGUGCGAUCGAAGGGACUCCCUCGCGCCCACCUCGGCUCUUCAUUUGGCCCGCAGCGUCUCCAGAGAGAGCGUGAAGAGCGGCCACCACUGCUGUCCGUGUCAGGCGCCGCCGCCGCCGGUGUUGGUCACGACGUCGCCUAACGCGCGCAUAAUACGGCAAAGCUCGCAGCCGGAAGCGUCCGCGUGCUGUUGCUCCGGCUGUUGCUGCCCGCUACACACCGGCGCGGCGCCGAGCGCCGCCUCGCUGCGCCAACUCCGCGAGCCGGGCGACGGCAUCGCCGGCAUCGCCGCGGACUCGCUGCGGAUCAAUGGUGGCAUACGACAGUUCCGGCAGUUUCCAUGGUGGUGCAAGUCGUCCUCGGCGACGAUGGCGGCGACGGCGCCCACCUCCACGGCCAUGGCGCCCGGCCCAGCUGGCGCCGCUUCCGGCACACAGGGCGGCCAGGGCGUCGUACUCUGCCCACGUACGCUGUCGCAGGUGCGACGAUCACGACUACGCCGGGCCCUCACCGAGGCGACCGCCGAGACCGUCAACUACGUCAAGACGCUGCGGAAGCCAGUGUCGACUCUCUCGAUCCCGGGGGCGAUGAAGAACAGCGGCGGGGUGGCCGGCGGGGGCGGCGCGGGGGCGGCCGGUGCGGCUGCCGGUUGCGGCAGCGCCGGGGGCGCCGGUGCCGGCGACGACGCCGGCAUCGCCCUCGUGGGUGUCCACUCCGAGUAUCCCCGUUACAUGGACGAGCGCAUGGUGGCCGGCGGCGGCGGCUCCCUGAAGCGCGGCGGCAGCAUCGGGUCCAAGCACAAGCCGAACGUCGGCUACCGGCUCGGAAGGCGGAAGGCCCUGUUCGAAAAACGCAAGCGCAUCAGCGACUACGCCCUCGUGAUGGGCAUGUUCGGCAUCAUCGUCAUGGUCAUCGAAAAUGAGCUGUCCAGCGCCGGCGUUUACACUAAGGCCUCGUUUUACUCGACAGCACUGAAAACCCUGAUCUCUGUGUCUACUGUGAUACUGCUUGGCCUCAUAUUUGCUUACCAUGCCUUAGAAGUUCAGUUGUUCAUGAUCGAUAACUGCGCGGACGACUGGCGGAUCGCGAUGACCUGGCAGCGGAUCGCGCAGAUCGCGCUGGAGUUGGCGAUCUGCGCGAUCCACCCGAUCCCGGGCGAGUACUACUUCCUGUGGACGACUAAGCUGGCGAACAAGAACGGCGACAUCGGCUCCAAGUGGGUGCCGUACGACGUCACCCUCUCACUGCCGAUGUUCUUCAGGCUCUACCUCAUCUGCCGGGUGAUGCUGCUGCACUCGAAGCUCUUCACGGACGCGUCGUCGCGGAGCAUAGGGGCCUUGAAUCGCAUCAACUUCAACACCAGGUUCGUCCUCAAGACCCUGAUGACCAUCUGCCCCGGCACGGUGCUGCUGGUCUUCAUGGUCUCCCUGUGGAUCAUCGCCUCGUGGACACUGCGACAGUGCGAGAGAUUCCACGAUGAGGAACACGCAAAUCUCCUCAAUGCCAUGUGGCUCAUCGCCAUUACGUUCCUGAGCGUCGGUUUCGGCGACCUUGUGCCCAACACAUACUGUGGUCGAGGUAUAGCCGUUUCCACUGGAAUGAUGGGCGCCGGGUGCACUGCUUUACUGGUGGCAGUUGUCUCCAGGAAGCUCGAACUUACGCGGGCGGAGAAGCACGUGCAUAACUUUAUGAUGGACACACAAUUAACAAAAAGGUUGAAGAACGCCGCGGCAAACGUGUUGCGGGAAACGUGGCUGAUUUACAAGCACACACGCCUGGUUAAGCGCGUCAAUCCGGGACGUGUGCGGACCCAUCAGCGGAAAUUCCUAUUGGCUAUAUACGCACUCAGAAAGGUGAAAAUGGAUCAGCGUAAAUUGAUGGACAACGCCAAUACUAUAACGGACAUGGCCAAGACGCAGAACACCGUCUACGAAAUCGUCUCGGACAUGAACACGCGGCAGGACGCGGUGGAGGAGCGUCUAGCUAGUCUGGAGGAGCGCGUGGCCGGCCUGGGGGAGAAGAUGACCUCGCUGCAGGGUCAGCUAGAUCUGCUGCCCGAGGAGAUAGUCCGCUGCCUGGCGCAGCAGUCGGAGCGGGCGGACCAGCGUCGUAACUUCCUCCAUCCGGACACCGCGGCUCUAGUGGUGGCUUCCGGCGGCGGCGGCGGCGGCGGUGGUGCGAUCGCGUCAGGCACGAGCCUGGGCGUUUCCGGCGGCGGCGCGUCCACCGCACAUCAUCCGCUCGCCAGCCUCUCCAACUCGCCCCUUCUGCCGCAUUCGCGCAGCGUGCCCAGCGCGCCCAGCACCAUGUCCUUGCACCCGUGGCCGGUCAGUCCGGUUCUACCGCCCGUCUCCAGCCGUACGCCGCACCUGGUGCCGGAGACCGGCAGGCAUCACGGCCUCAGUCACUCCGCGUCGGUGACCGCGACAACCUCGCAAUCGGCCACCAGGCUCACCUCGCAAGCCGGCAUGGGCGGACUGGGCAACAGCCAAGGCUCGGACACGUCGGCGCACAGCUGAGUCUCGUCUUUGCAGCCGCAGCACUCGUAUUAAGGCACCAUCCCGAGGCGCCGGUUUCCGCGUGAUCGCCGACAGACAUAUUUAUUAGUCGAUAUAGUACUGCCGAGAUAAUAACUGCACUAUACGGUCCUCUCUGGUCGGCCGAAAGUUUGUCCCUCGCACAAACAAGUGCGAGAACUCCCGUCCGCGGCGGUUUGCUCCCUUGCGUCAUUCGGCAGUAAUGGCUCAUACAGAUCUUGCAGAUAAUGUUGCAAGAUUUUCUGCAGUAUUGGAGAACGAUUUUUAUCUAAUUGUCACAAUGCAGUAAUUUGCAUGGAGAAUUCCUAUUAAAAAAAAAAAAAUGCGAUUUCAACUGCAGGAUUGCUUUUGAUUUGAAAUUUGUCGUUUCGAAAAGUCACUAAUUACGCUAAAUACACACGGCGUCAUUGAUGCUACUUCCGAUGAGGCAUUUCUAGGUCGCAAACACAUCGUCUGGAUAUUCACAUAUAAUUAUGUGUAUAAAAGAAUUUAGAACUCGUUAGUUGUUUUUGAUGAAUUGAAAGCAAAAGCUAGAAAUGUAAGGCGUUACAGACGCCAAGCGCACGUCAAAUUUGUAAAUUAUUUCGUUUGGCGUAUACAAAUUUUCUCACCGCCGCUGCACGCAGCUUUCUGGCGAUUGGCAAUCAAAUCCAGAGCAAAAUGGUUGAAGUCGAAAUAUUAAUCGUCGGAUGAACGCGAGGGAGGACAACGCUCUGAAUGAGAGUUCUGCGGCGACAAGAUUGAUCAGACACGGCCGUCUGUUUAUCGCGCGAAACUCGUCCGAAGAUGGGUCUUCUUGCGUCCCGCGCGUACUUUCGAGUCUCUCCUUAUAAAGCUAGCGAAAGCUUUCAGCAAAAUCCAGUUUACUCAACUGGCAAGCGAAAUGUAAAAUCGAGAAAUCGAACUGCCUGUCCGGACGCCACCGUAUGCAUGUUUCCAACAUAGUUGCCGUAGGUCAGACGACGUUCCUUUCUCCGUGCGAAAUUCCACAGAUAGCUAAUCUCGUUUUU